CCCGCCGAUACGAUCACAUCGCGCCGGUCAGUGGUCACUCGCGCCGUAAUCACGCGCACCUUCCGUAACACUCGGCCGAGGAGGGGAAGCCACGAGAAGCCGAGAGCACGCGCGCGACGCCAACCAACCGGACCAACCACCGCCCCGCGCUGCUCCGACGGGGACGGGACGGAGCUGAACCGUGAGGCGCGGCCGCGGCGAUGGCCUGGAGGAGGGCCUAGGCGCGGCCGCAUGGCGUCGUCGAGGGUGAUGGCGUCGUCGAAGCCGUCGCACACGGCGUCGGAUCUCGCGCGCUUCGCGCAGGCCGCGGGGAGGCCCGGCGGCGGGGGCGGCAGCGGGCUGGGGUCCAUGAACGUGGAGGAGCUGCUCCGCGGCAUCUACGGCGACGCCCCCACGCCUGCGCCCGACCGGCCGGCGUCGCCCCCCGUCCCGCCGCCCCCGGCGGCUGUCACCGCGCGGCGGACGGCGGACGAGGUGUGGAGGGAGAUCACCGGCGGCAGCGGCGGGGAGGAGGAGGCCUCCGCCGGCGGGGCCGCGGAGAUGACGCUGGAGGACUUCCUGGCGAGGGAGGACGGCGCCGUCGUCAGGGCCCCCGGCCCUUCUUCCGCGGCGCCGGAGGAGCACGCGGCGACGCCGACGACGGGGUUUAUCGGCGGGGCGCGGGGCGGCGGCGUGAGGGGGAGGAAGCGGCAGCUCCUGGACCCCAUGGACCGCGCCGCGAUGCAGCGGCAGAAGCGGAUGAUCAAGAACCGCGAGUCGGCGGCGAGGUCGCGAGAGAGGAAGCAGGCCUACAUAGCCGAGCUCGAGUCGUUGGUCACGCAGCUCGAAGAGGAGAACGCCCACCUGUCCAAAGAACAGGAGGAGGCAAACCAGAGACGGCUUAAAGAGCUCAAGGAGAAGGUGACUCCGGUCAUCAUUGUGAAAACAUCAUCACAAGGUCUUAGAAGAACAAACUCAAUGGAGUGGUAGGCAUGAGCCAAGCUCAGUGGCCAUCCCCUUACAGCUAUAUAGAUUUUGAUUUGUUUGUCUGUCAUUCUUCUGUUUAUUCGAGUUAACUUAGUUGUUGUAAGCAAGUGGAAAUAGCAGAAGCAUGUUAAAUGGAAUCAUAAUGUGUAGAGCGGAAGGCUGCACUUGAGCUAAAAGGAAUCUUGUCAGCAGCUUA